AUGAUCCUUAGUGGCGACAGUGCCGCAUUACAUCGGGCACGAAACGGUUUUAGCGCGUUCGCCGAGCUGCGCUCAUGCCCAGACAGGCAACUGACAAUCACGGUAAACCGCAGAGCCGCGCAGAAGCUUACCGUUCCAGGGAAUGAUCAAGGGCCGUUGGGCAGCGUGGACUUACAGGUCGAGGGUGCGCGUCGAUUUACACGAUGGCCGGAGCUGCCACUUCCCGAGCCCUACGGCUCGAUAGAGCCUAGCCCCCACCCGGGUCGGCGGCGUCCCGGGGCAGCUAAGAGAUUUGAGCUUCCAAACCUCCAGCAAGACAGCGGCUCUCUAGUUCACGCUAGAGGCCGGCUUGUCCAAAUGCCGUGCCGGCUUGGAUCAGCGAUUUGA